AUGAGUCUAAACAUGUCUCAGUCCUUUCAAGUCCGAUUCAUCAGCCUCAAUGUGGUCAAGACCAGGCCAGUCGAUCCAUCGAUCAGACACAUGCCGGCGGAUCUCGCUCAUCUGGCUAUCGGCCCACCUGAGCAGAUGGUUCGUCUGCAAGACCACUCGAACCGCGACGCACUCUGGAUUUCUGGUGACGCUUUUCGAUAUUAUCACACCAUGCUAUCCGAUCAGACUUGGGCGCUACCUCUGCAUGCCUCAGCACCGCCACAGCAACAAAUCAUGCACAACUCUGCAGAACCGAACUACAUGAAUAUCUUCUUCCCAGGCACUCCCACUGUUGACGAACCUUUUGGAAUCGGUCCUGAUGUUACGGCUGGUACUACUAGCCAGGCUACCCAACCCACUACAAACCAGAGUGCGAAGUCUUUGCAGAUGUCCGACUCACGCCCGCCUGAGGGGAUGAGAUCAGAUCCACGCUGGCAGCAGACUGUUGACGCACUGGCUCGAGAGGAUUCCCUACAGCAAGCUUUGUAUCAGACUCAACAGCAGGCCAUGCAGCAGACUCUGCAUCGAACUCAGCAACAGCAGGCUCAGCAAGGCUUCGUGGGUCCAUACGGAAAUUUCAUCACUGGGCCGCCUCCAAAUGCUCAGAGUGGCACAGCCUUCCCAGAGCGCGAUGAACAUUUCAUGCAUGGACCUCAUGUUCUCCAGAGCGGAGGCGAUCAGGGCGAGCAGCGACGAUUCUCUCGCACAGGAAGCAGGAGUCUUCUAACUCGGACGUAUCGGAACGGUCCAACUCGCCGAUUCCCAGCCACAUCAUCCAUUGGCAAUUUCGACACAGAGAGCGAGCUGAGUGAAGAUGGACCCAACUUCACUCCCGCAUCUCGUCGUGGCAGUAUGCAGUCACGUGGACGCACCAGCAGAUUUCGCGGAGCAGUUUCAAGAAGCUCUCGUGUUACCAAUGCAGGUGGACGGCGCCGAAUUUGUGCCCUUACAGGACUCUCACAGCGCCAACUCUUCCACAUGGAGCGCAUGGAAGCGCUCGCCAAUGGCACCGCGCUGCAGACUGCUGCAGGUCCCCAGGCCGUGCUUGACAGGGAGGCUCCAAUCGUUCCGAAUGGCCCAGUACCAGAGUGUCAGGAUCUGGCUGAUGAGUUGAAACGUAACUUCGGAGGCGAGGGCGGAUCAUUGGCAAAUCGUGGGACUUUCAUGUCGGAUAAGGCCGCGAGAGCACGAGCCAACCGAUUGAAUGCAGUGGGAUGGAUCAGCACCGAGGAGAGUAAGGAUGGUGAGGAUGGUGAGGGUGGUGAGGAGAGCGAGGAUCCCGGCGAGCCAGGCGAGCCAGAAGAUUAA